AUGGGGGACAAUCCAAAGCCUAAGACGGAAAAGGAGCUCAAGAAAGAAGCGGCAAAAGCUGCUAAGCUGGCCAAAUUUGAGGAGAAGGUCCAGAAAAGACAAGUCGUAGCUACAGCCAAAGAAAGCGGCGAAACAAAGGAGAAGGCUCCCAAAAAAGAAAAGGAAAUCGUCGAAGUUAUUUAUUCUGCGACCACAAAGCCUGGAGAGAAGAAAGACGUGUCCGGUGAAAUGCCGUCUGCCUACGCUCCUCGUUAUGUAGAGGCUGCCUGGUAUGAAUGGUGGGAGGCUGAAGGAUUUUUUCGUCCCGAAUAUGGUGGUCGCGAUUUGAGCAAAGAGAAUCCAAAAGGAUCUUUCACCAUUUGUAUCCCACCACCAAACGUUACCGGUACACUUCACGUUGGACACGCGCUUGCCACCUCGGUUGAAGACACUCUCACUAGAUGGAACCGUAUGAAAGGAAAGACCACUUUAUUUAACCCGGGUUGUGACCACGCUGGAAUUGCAACCCAAGUAGUCGUAGAAAAGCGACUUCAACGAGAAAAGGGUCUAUCGAGACACGAUCUUGGCCGAGAAAAGUUUAUCGAGGAAGUUUGGCAAUGGAAGAAUGAGAAAGGACAUAUCAUCUAUGACCAGCUGCGCGAUAUGGGUGCCUCUGUCGACUGGGAUCGAGCCGUUUUCAUGAUGGACCCAAAAAUCAUGCGUGCCGUAACAGAGGCGUUUAUUCGAAUGCACGAGAGCGGAACUAUUUAUCGUUCAACAAGGCUUGUAAAUUGGAGUUGUACUCUACUUUCUGCUAUUUCGGAUAUUGAAGUCGACAAGAAGGAAUUGCCUGGAAAAACGCUUUUGCCUGUCCCAGGUUACGCGGAGAAGAUCGAGUUUGGUGUCAUUAUUUCUUUUGCAUACAAAGUCAAAGAUUCAGAUCAAGAACUCGUCGUUGCAACAACAAGGCCGGAAACUAUGCUUGGUGAUACUGCCGUUGCUGUACACCCAGAGGAUCCGAGAUAUAAACAUUUGAUUGGAAAGAUGUGCCAACACCCCUUUGUUAAAAGAGAACUGCCGAUUGUUGGGGAUGAAUUCGUGGAUCGUGAGUUUGGGACAGGAGCUGUGAAAAUAACUCCUGCGCAUGACCCUAACGAUUACGAGGUUGGACUACGGCACAAGCUUCCCUUUAUUACAUGCAUCACCGACGACGGCUUUAUGACGAAGGAUUGCGGUCAAUUUGCUGGUAUGAAGCGAUUCGAUUGCCGAAAAGAAGUUUUGGAUGCUUUGGAGAAGCUUGGUCUUUACAGGGAAAAGAAAGACAAUCCUAUGGUUGUCCCUAUUUGCAGCCGUUCCAAAGACAUAAUCGAGCCAAUUUUAAAGCCGCAAUGGUAUGUGAAAUGUGACGAAAUGGCUCGCCGAGCUAUUGAGGCUGUAGAGCAGGGAGAGCUAAAAAUCACACCAGACUUCCACGUUGCAACUUGGAAUAGAUGGCUUCAGAGCAGUCGCGAUUGGUGUAUUUCGAGACAACUCUGGUGGGGUCAUCGAAUCCCGGCAUAUUUCAUCACUGUUACGGAUGGAAAAACGCCAGCCGGAGAUCCAGCCGAUAACAAAUAUUGGAUUUCUGCUCACACAGAAGAUGAGGCGCGCGAGAAAGCGGCAAAGAAGUUCGGAGUUGAUCCGAAAUUUAUUGGAUUGAAAUGGGAUGAGGACGUGCUUGACACUUGGUUUUCCGCGGGAAUGUGGCCUUUUGCAAUCUUCGGUUGGCCUGAAAAUACUGGCGAUCUCAAUGCAUUUUUCCCUGGAGCGAUUCUCGAAACGGGACACGACAUCUUAUUUUUCUGGGUCGCGAGAAUGGUGUUCAUGGCACAAGAGCUCACCGGGAAAAUCCCAUUCAAAGAGGUUUAUUUGCAUGCUAUGAUUCGAGAUGCGCAUGGUAGAAAGAUGAGUAAAUCACUUGGAAAUGUAAUCGAUCCACGAGAUGUCAUUCGAGGGAUUACUCUGGAAGAGCUUCAACGACAACUUGACUCGGGCAAUUUGGAUCCAAAAGAAAUUGCUACGGCUAAAGCGGGCCAGUCACGGGAUUAUCCACAGGGAAUUCCCGAAUGCGGAACCGAUGCGCUUCGAUUUGCUUUAAUGGCCUAUACGAGCCAGGGUCGCGAUAUCAAUCUUGAUGUUUUACGUGUUCAAGGAUACCGCUUCUUCUGUAACAAGAUUUGGCAAGCCAUCAAGUUUACCUUGUUUCAACUUGGAAAGGAGUAUCAACCAGAAGCAAUUUUCAAACUCACAGGAACAGAAUCGGAAACCGAUUUGUGGAUCCUUUCUCGAUGUGCUCAAACUGUGGCCAUGUGUGAACAAGGAAUGGUCACGAACAAUUUCACUCAGGCUACUACUGCUGUUUACAACUUUUGGCUUUACGACUUUUGUGAUGUGUACCUCGAAUCAGUCAAGCCAGUCAUCUUUCAUGGCACUGCGGAGGCUGCCGCUGCUGCUCGUCGAACUCUCUAUCAUUGUGCUGAGACUGGACUUCGGCUUAUUUCACCAAUGAUGCCAUUCAUAAGUGAAGAACUAUGGCAGCGACUUCCGAAAAGGCCUUCCGAGAAAGCUCUCUCAAUUGUCAUCGCAGAGUAUCCUGAGCCAGCUCAGUAUCCAUUUAUUGACAAGACCCUUGAGACUCGUGUCGCUUUUGCCAUGGACGUCAUUCGCCAGGUUCGCUCGUUGCGAUCUGAUUAUGAAUUGAUCAAUAAAGUCAAAACAGAAUUGAUUCUUUGCUUCUUGUCAACAAAAGAUCUGGAUGCUUUGAAGACGUUGGAAUCACUUGUUUUGACGUUGACCUAUUCAUCAAAAGUAACCAUGUUUGCGACCGAUGAUAAAUCAAACAAAGCCCCAGAGAAAGGUUGCUCUCGUGUGACACUCACUUCAUCAAAUGCCACCUCUAUCUGCAAUAUUUACAUUCCACUUGAGGGCAUUAUCGACAUCGCAAAGGAGCGUUCAAAACUUGAAUCCAAAAAAGGGAAGCUCGAUGGUCAGAUCGCUAAAAUUAACGAGUUACAAGCAAAGGCCGAUUAUGAAACUAAAGUCCCACUUGGCGUUCGGGCAAACAAUCAAGAAAAGAAAGAAACUCUCGAAAAAGAGCUCCAUUCACUCGAGGCCGCACUUUUGGCUUUAAACGUC